AUGAUCUUUACCGAGGACCCGUCUUCUGAAGUGAAGUCGAGCUUUCCUAAGCUAUCUGUGUAUGAACCCUUGAUUGGUGAAAUGCAGGGAGUCAGGCUGCUCUAUGACAAACAGAGCCUUGCAAACUGCUGUCUGUGGAUAAACCUACUGCAGCUUGCUGAUGGUGCUCCUUCCAGCUGGCACAGGGCUAGUACAGGGUUUUGUGUGCGAAAUAAGAUUCCAAGUAGAGGCAAAGGACCACAGCCUCUUAGAAGAAAACAAAUCAACUGCAUGGAGGUGUCUUCUGCAGAGGUACGCAUCGGGCCCAUGAGACUGACGCAGGACCCUAUCCAGGUGUUGCUGAUCUUUGCCAAGGAGGAUAGUCAGAGUGAUGGCUUCUGGUGGGCCUGUGACAGGGCUGGUUACCGAUGCAACAUCGCUCGGACUCCAGAGUCAGCCCUGGAAUGCUUUCUCGACAAGCAUCAUGAAAUUAUUGUGAUCGAUCACAGACAGACCCGGAACUUCGAUGCAGAGGCAGUGUGCAGGUCGAUCCGGGCCACAAAUCCCUCGGAGCACACGGUGAUCCUUGCGGUGGUUUCACAAGCAUCGGAGGACCACGAAGAGGCCUCAGUCCUUCCUCUUCUCCAUGCAGGCUUCAACAGGAGAUUUAUGGAGAACAGCAGCAUAAUUGCUUGCUAUAAUGAGCUGAUUCAAAUAGAGCAUGGAGAAGUUCGCUCACAAUUCAAAUUACGGGCCUGUAAUUCAGUGUUUACAGCAUUAGAUCACUGUCAUGAAGCCAUAGAAAUAACAAGUGAUGACCAUGUGAUUCAGUAUGUCAACCCAGCCUUUGAAAGGAUGAUGGGCUACCACAAAGGUGAGCUGCUGGGGAAAGAACUCUCAGACCUGCCCAAAAGCGAUAAGAACCGGGCAGACCUGCUCGACACCAUCAAUACGUGCAUUAAGAAGGGAAAGGAAUGGCAGGGUGUCUACUAUGCCAGACGGAAAUCCGGGGACAGUAUCCAACAGCAUGUGAAGAUCACCCCAGUGAUUGGCCAAGGAGGGAAAAUUAGGCAUUUUGUCUCCCUCAAGAAACUGUGUUGUACCACUGACAAUAAUAAGAUUCACAAGAUUCAUCGUGAUUCGGGAGACAAUUCACAAACAGAGCCUCAUUCAUUCAGAUACAAGAACAGGAGGAAAGAAUCCAUUGAUGUGAAAUCGAUAUCUUCUCGAGGCAGUGACGCUCCAAGCCUACAGAAUCGUCGCUACCCAUCCAUGGCAAGGAUCCACUCCAUGACCAUCGAGGCUCCUAUCACAAAGGUUAUAAACAUAAUCAAUGCCGCCCAAGAAAACAGCCCAGUCACAGUAGCGGAAGCCUUGGAUAGAGUUCUAGAAAUUUUACGGACCACGGAACUGUACUCCCCUCAGCUGGGUACCAAAGACGAAGACCCCCACACCAGUGAUCUUGUUGGAGGCCUCAUGACCGAUGGCUUGAGAAGGUUGUCAGGAAACGAGUAUGUGUUUACCAAGAACGUGCACCAGAGCCAUAGCCACCUUGCGAUGCCAAUAACCAUCAACGACGUCCCUCCUUGUAUUGCUCAAUUACUUGAUAAUGAGGAAAGCUGGGACUUCAACAUCUUUGAAUUGGAAGCAGUUACACAUAAAAGGCCAUUGGUUUACCUGGGCUUAAAGGUCUUCUCCCGGUUUGGAGUAUGUGAAUUUUUAAACUGUUCUGAAACCACUCUUCGGGCCUGGCUCCAAGUGAUCGAAGCCAACUACCACUCCUCCAAUGCCUACCAUAACUCCACCCACGCCGCGGACGUCCUGCAUGCCACCGCCUUCUUAGAAGAAGAAGAUAUAAAUAGUCACUUAUACGCAGAGCAUAAAAACGGGACGCUGGUUAUCCUGGCGUUUCUACUUGCAGCAGUUCUGGAGAAUUGGGCCAUCUUACCAUUGUGUGAGGGCUUCUGUUACACCUGUGCCACUGACUACUCGUGCUUCAAAAUCCUUUCCUCAGGAGAUGAGAACAACAAGCAACGUUCGAGACCAAAGGCCCCUUUCUGCUUUGUCCACCCUGGGAGAGUCACAGCAGAACCAUACAGCAGGCAGUUUAACAGGCUGGGAAGCCUCGAUCACUUGGAUGAGGUGGCAGCCCUGAUCGCUGCCACGGUGCAUGACGUGGAUCACCCGGGAAGGACCAAUUCUUUCCUGUGCAACGCAGGCAGUGAACUUGCUGUGCUCUAUAACGACACCGCUGUCCUGGAGAGUCACCACACGGCGCUGGCUUUCCAGCUCACGGUCAAGGACACCAAAUGCAACAUUUUCAAGAAUAUCGACAGGAACCAUUAUCGAACACUGCGCCAGGCUAUUAUUGACAUGGUUUUGGCAACAGAGAUGACCAAACACUUCGAACAUGUGAACAAAUUUGUCAACAGCAUCAACAAGCCGAUGGCAGCCGAGACUGAAGGCAGUGACUGUGAAUGCAACCCUCCUGGGAAGAACUUUCUAGAAAACCAAAUCCUGAUCAAGCGCAUGAUGAUUAAGUGUGCUGACGUGGCCAACCCAUGCCGCCCCCUGGACCUGUGCAUCGAGUGGGCCGGGAGGAUCUCCGAGGAGUACUUUGCUCAGACUGAUGAAGAGAAGAGGCAAGGGCUACCUGUGGUGAUGCCAGUAUUUGACCGGAACACCUGCAGUAUCCCCAAGUCCCAGAUCUCCUUCAUCGACUACUUCAUAACAGACAUGUUUGAUGCUUGGGAUGCCUUUGCACAUCUGCCAGCCCUGAUGCAACAUUUGGCCAACAACUACAAGCACUGGAAGACGUUAGACGACCAAAAGUGCAAAAGUCUGAGGCUUCCGUCGGACAGCUGAAGCCAAGCCAGAGAGGGGGCCCUCUUGAUACAAAGGGCACUGUGAACCACAGCAGUAUAAACAAGAGGCUUUCCUUUAUAACGAAAAGGACAGGUGUCGGUUAGGAGCUAAUGUCUAAUAUUUGACCCUGAAUUAUUCAAGUCUCCAAAUUUCAUUUUUAGAAAGUUACAUCCCAUGAAGAAAAAAUGUAAGUUCCUUUGCACAAUCACUCAAUGACAGAACAAAUGCUUGGCCAACUCCUUUGCUCUGCUGUCACCCUGUAUGCCCCUGUCAAACCACGGAGGUGACUCACUGUAACUCACAGGGCACAAGAAGCAAAGCCUGGGUGCCUGUGAGCCCAUGCCUCUGGACGGUGACCACGUAGCUAAGCCGGUGUUCAGCUCAUCUCUUACUGUCCCUGUUUAGCUUGAUGACUUUCGUCAACAGCGUCAACCUGAAGGCCUCAUAACAUGCUUAUCUCACAGGUAUAUCUAAGGAAACCACUACAUAAAGUGAGCAAAACAACUAGGACCAAAUUACUGAUAAACUAGUUAGUGUCACGGCCUCAGUGGCUAGGUGGUUCUUCUGGUUCAGGUGUGACACCCAAAUUAGAACACAGCUUUGGCCUGGGAGUGCCCACUCUCGCCUGGAAUCAGCAGCCUGUGCAGCCCUCGUUCCUGUAAAAAGGGUUCAUCUUAACAAAAAGCCAUCCGUGAUGGGGGAUGGAGUGGCUUGUUUUGGGGGAAUCCAUGAGCUCCCUUAUUUCUGGUUCACAGAGGCAGCCACAAGGCACCAUACUGAGUAUUACAGAAAAGCCAUUAAAUCCGAAUGCCCUUGGACAAGCUUUUUUUUAAAAAAAAAGAGAAAAAUUUAUAUACAUGUGCUGUUUAAAAUUUUUAUUAAAAGACUCUAAAUUUUCUGGGUGUGAGCCCAUGGAGUAUGUUGUGCCGUGCACCACCUAAACGUAUGUAUUUGGGGAGGGGGUGGGGAGGUUUCAAGGGUCCAAUAUUUUUAACUUAUCUAUAUUUGAGACCAUGCCAUUUGCUUUAAUGAUGUAAAAAAAUAUAUAUAUAUCACAAGAUGUGUAAAUAUAGCAGAACAUAGGCAUAUGGGGAAGCAGUAAAUACUCUUUUCAGCUAUUAAUUGUAUGCUAAAAGCUUCUAAAGCACAAGUGCAUAUUUUUAUACAGCUCUUUUCACAACUCCGUGAUCCACAUAAAGUCAGAAUUGAGAUUUUCCUUUUUCUCUUACCAGCUAACCCUUCUCUAUAUAUUAAAAUA